AUGCUCCGGGUCGUUGUUUUGGCAACCAAGGAGGAGGUGGUGGAAGAGGAGGAUUCUACGAUGGUGGUCACCGCGGAGAUGGUGAGCAAGAAGAGACGGGCAUGCUUCACCCAUCGAUGUGCCCGCCGGGACCAAGUUCUGGGCCGUCCUCUACAUCCUCCACUGUACAACGUUCGACUCUGGCGCAUCAAAAGUUUCGGCGUCAUUCUUGGCGACUACAGGGAACAACAGUGUGUAGGGACAGAGAGAGACUGGGAGAGUACAUACAACAGUAGACAGAACCUUCUCGGGAGUUCGCCUGGAGCUGCUUGCCAAGGGCAAAAGCGCAUGGAGGUUGUAGAGUACGACACCCAAAAGCAGACGUGCGACGAACGUGUUCCUGGCGAGGGUGAUCCAGGCACAAGUGCUCUCUGCAUCAUGUAUUGCCUUGCUGUCCAGGGUACUCGUGCGCCUGCAUCUCGACCUACCGCAGACGAUCUGGGCAUCGGGCUGCGGUACCAGACGGGUUAG